AUGGUUUUGGACCAACCAGAGGACGGAGAGGAGCUCCUCCUUUCGAUAUUACCCUCGUACCAAAUGCAUCAGUCGACCAUAUCUCGAGAUCUUACUCCCAGUAGUGAAAACUUCCGGGUUUCUCCUCCGAUGUACGAACUAACCCCGGAAACAUCUCCAUUAGUAUCUCCUGCAGUCAACCACGAUCUGAUGAUACAAGAUGGAUAUUUCCCAGCCCAGUCAAACUCCUCCUCAGCACAAGCACAAGCACCACAUCCCGCGGGAGCUGCACAACAGACCCAUGCAGACACCUUUACCCGGUUUGAAGAUACCCUUCUUGCCAAUUCACAUAAAUUAAAACGGUUAAAUACUUAUAAUGAAAAGCUAGCAAACGAUAUUAAGAUUAAGAUUUCCAUUACGGAAAAUAUCCCCAAGGUUGGGGUCAAGCUGAAAGUUGUGGAGCCAGAAGAAUUGUCACGUAUCGAACUCAAACAAGGCGAUUACAUUCAUGGGGUACUUACAGUAACGAACGCAGGAACGGAUGACAUUCCAUUUGAAAUGUUUGCGGUACUAUUUGAAGGGAUCAUCACCUUGGAAGAUGGCUCCUCAAAACCGGUGCUACACAAGUUUCUUAAUUUGUUUGAUUUCAACGCGCUGUGGAAUGAUGGAUAUUUGGAUCGGUUGAGUACCGAUGACCAUAGAAAUCCGCAUGGCCCAUACACCAAGAAUUGGGAUCAGAGCGAUAAUACUGUCAUAGAUUUGAGUUUCCAGAAAGUUCUUGAACCCGGGGUCACAUACAAAAAGUUUUUCACGUUUAAAAUUCCACAAAAGCUUUUAGAAAGUGUAUGUGAGACCCAUGGGCUUGUUAAACACAUGCAACUUCCACCAACAAUGGGUGGUAGUAAGCUUGAAGAUUUUUGCUUCCCCAACUGUUCUGUGGUUUAUAGCGUGAAUGCAAAAUUGAUAGCAAGAGCCUCUGAGUACGGGGUGAAUUUAGAUUGUGAUGAAUAUAUGGUGGGGGGAGAGGAGCUGUGUGAGUUGAGGGUAAUUCCAAACACGAACAAUGUGUUUGAAUCAAAUAGAGAAAUGAUCAACCAAGAAAGCAUGUUGGUUUAUAAGAACUUGGUACAGGAAAUUGAAGAAAAAGUAGAGGAAUUGAAAGGCGGUAAUACAGCACUUUCAUCCAGAAGAACUUCAAUAUCUUCGAUUGAUGUGGUGGUGGCGAAUUCCGUUACAGGGAAUAAUAAUAAUAAUAAUACUAAUAAUAAUACUAAUAAUAAUAAUGUCAAUGGGAGCGCCGGUGGUAAUGUGAAUCCCUUGCUCCAAAUGUCUCCCAUGAUAUCUCCCAUGAUAUCUCCCAUUGGAUCACCAUCUGCAGAAACAUUCGCCCUUCCAACUUCAAGCCGGCCGAAACUCACUACAACCCCUAGCACUACAGAGCUUCGUAAACUCAGACAGUCAUACUAUGCCACCCAAACGCCUCAACUGACGUCGUCCUUGUACGAGAUAUUUAUGCAAUACCGUAAGAAGUCUAUACUUGGGACCAAAAUCAUUGGAUUGGUUGCCUUGAGCAUGCCCAAGGGAGAUAUUAAAGUAUCAUAUCAACCAACAGAAGUAACCACGCCAUCACUAGUGAGAAUUCCACUCGAUCUUCACUUUAUCUUUUCUGAUAAAGCACAAAAGAAGGCUCCUGAUUUCCGACAUAUUUCAGUUGAGUUGGUUUCACUCACCAUAAAGGCCAAGAAACACCCAAUUCUGCUGGUUCUUACCCAUGAACAUUUGUUUGAAAAUAAACCAUCGAGUCAUGAUUGCUUUGAAUAUCUCACCAUCUUAAAGUUCCAGAAAUAUGCGGUAAAGCUUUCGCAGAUCAUCAAACAAUAUGGGGGGCCAGAAGUUCUUGGGCCCAAUGCAUAUCGCUUAAUUGAGGAUGUCAAGAGUAUAGCCAACUUGGGGACCAAAUAUGAUUACAUGAAGAUUGAGAAAGUGGUACUACAAUCGAGAGGAGGGCAUGGGAAUUUUUUACUGCUUCAAUCAAUUCCAUGGGAAGAGGAACAAAUUGGUCAUGAGUGCAAAUAUACAAAACGAUUCGAUGUUAUUGUCGACUUAAACAGCAUUGUGGACCCGGGGAAAGAAUUCACCUUGGUUCCAGACUUCCAAAGUUGUUAUUUGAUUAGAAUGUAUUAUUUGAAAGUACACAUCAAGUGUCCCAAUGGGGAUAAUUUGACCAUGAAGGUUCCAAUAGUUCUUCAGAGAAGAUGA